GGAGGGCACACUUGAACCGAGCUCUUCUAUGAAGGUAGGCUGCAGCGUGUGUUUAUUGAUGAGAUGAAAAGAAGAUGGAAGUGAGAAAUGAAACAAAGUAAAGGAACAUACUGAGAAAGAAGAAAAGCAAAGUAAACACGCUCCGUCGGGGGGAAAAACAGGGAAACACUGUCGCCACUUUUUUUUGAACGAGCUUCGAAGUGCAGCAGAGGAACACAUGAUUUGGACAGAGAAGACUGACAGCCUUGCCUAGCACCAGGCCACUGAUCAGCCAUCUCCACCAGCAAAUUGACCCGCUCUUCAUCACCAGCCUCACAAGCAUUUUCAUUAAAAAUAACAAAAAAACAUCAUCUAACUGUGACAUCAGUUGCAAGGGGAUGACCGAGCGCAUUCAUAACAUCAAUCUCCACAACUUCAGCAAUUCUGUACUUGAGACCCUCAAUGAGCAGCGAAACCGCGGGCACUUCUGUGACGUGACCGUUCGGAUCCAUGGAAGCAUGCUGCGAGCUCACCGGUGCGUGCUGGCCGCUGGAAGCCCAUUCUUUCAGGACAAGCUGCUCUUGGGCUACAGUGACAUCGAGAUCCCCUCUGUGGUCUCAGUGCAAUCCAUCCAGAAGCUGAUUGACUUUAUGUACAGUGGAAUUCUGCGAGUUUCUCAGUCAGAAGCGCUGCAGAUCCUCACCGCUGCCAGCAUUCUGCAGAUCAAGACCGUCAUCGAUGAGUGCACACGCAUCGUGUCCCAGAAUGUGGGCCUGGCUGGUCCCGGGGGAUUCCCUGUGAUACCAGGAGAUUCUGGCCAGGAGACACCCCGUGGCACACCAGAGUCUGGCACCUCUGGACCCAGCAGUGAUGCAGAGUCAGGCUAUAUGCAAGUAACAUCACAGCAAAGUGUAGAUCGUACAUACACAUCCCUGUACUCCUACCCCGGCCUGUCUCUGCAGAAUGGCACCCGAGAGCGGUCCCUUUAUGUUAACCCCCUGUCAGCAAAUUAUGAUCCAAGCAAUCAGAAGGACCAGCAAUCUCAAGAUCCGCCCUGGAUAAACCGCAUCCAGGAACGGUCCCAGCAGGUGGAACGCUUCAUGUCCAACGCAGAGUCCACUCACUGCCGCAAGCAACCACGACCGGUACGCAUCCAAACAGGAGGGAUGCACAUAAAGCAGGAGGCCGAAGACGAGUUCACCUGCUACGACAUGGGGGACUGCCAAGAUGACACUGACCACAACGAGGGUGUGGAGGGAGAAUCCAAGGUUGAAAACUUUGACUCAGGGGUCAGCUCCUCCAUCAGCACAGAGACGGACACCAUGGAGCAGCAGCCGUACCUGACGAGCUUCAGUCGAGACGCCGUUGGGGAAGGGCAGCAAGGCAUCGAAGGAGCUCCAGUGCAGAUAGAGGUCAGCGACUCGUCCCCAGAGCGGAUGCAAAAGACGGAGGACGGGGACACUUCCCACAGCACUAGUGACAGUAGCAUGAUGCAGCCCCUGCCAAACUCAGUCAAACUCAGUCCCAUGUCCCAGUACAUGCGCCAGAUAGAAUCACACACCAGCAACCUGAGGAUGCCGAUCACCGUGCCCAGCAAUUCCCAAGUGAUGGGCACCGCUGGAAGCACCUUCCUGCCCACACUCUUCCCCACGCAGCCGUCGAGAGACCACAAGCCUUUCCUUUACCUUCCUGGCCAGCAGCAGCCCCAGUUCGUGGCAGUGCCGCCGCCCGCAAUGCCAUCAUUCCCGAACCCCAUGUCGGUACCGCAGGCUUCAUCUCAGCAGCAGCAGGCUGCAGGAGGGAUCGGUCCGGGGGAAAAGAAGCCCUAUGAAUGCACUCUCUGCAGUAAGACCUUUACUGCCAAACAGAAUUACGUCAAACACAUGUUUGUCCAUACUGGUGAGAAGCCUCAUCAGUGCAGCAUCUGCUGGCGCUCGUUCUCCCUGAAGGAUUACUUAAUUAAACAUAUGGUGACACACACAGGGGUGCGCGCCUACCAGUGCAGCAUCUGCAACAAGCGUUUCACCCAGAAGAGUUCGCUGAACGUCCACAUGCGGCUGCACCGUGGAGAGAAGUCCUAUGAGUGCUACAUCUGCAAGAAGAAGUUCUCACACAAGACCCUGCUGGAGCGCCACAUGGCCCUGCACAGCAACGCCAGCGCCAUCACCGGGCUGUCUGUGAGUGUGGGCACCCCGGGCCCGGUCUCCAUCCCGAUGCCGAUAGCCGUCCCCGAGCCCGGAGCCGGAGUUGUGGCCCUCGCCAUGCCAGUGAGCGGCGGCGCCGGAGUAGGGGCCGGGGUUGGAACGGGAGUGGGUGUAGCUGCUGAAGCAAGCUGCCAAGAAGGGACCACCUACGUGUGCUCCGUCUGCCCUGCCAAGUUCGACCAAAUGGAGCUCUUCAAUGACCACAUGCGAAUGCAUGUCUCCGAUGGAUAAGUACAAAUUUUAAAAAAAGGAAAAAAAGAAACUUAUUUCUGAAAGAAUGACAAAUACAAUGGCACUAGAUUUUCCUUUUCUUAUUUUGAGGUAUGAAGAGUAAGGAGUAUAGACACUGGCACAUUAAGUUUCCCCAAAAAAAGUUUUCUUUUUUUUUUUUUUCCUGUUAUUCUAAAAGAAAAAAAGAUGGUGGCCUUAAGGCUCAGUGGUUUGAUAUUGAUCUACUGGAUGGAUCCAAACUACGGGCCUCUAAAUGUAUGCUUUCCUAAAAUACUGAUUUAUGUGUUGAACACUACCGAAAGGCCUACGAAAGAAACACAUACACACAAACACACCUUUAGUCUAGCUAUGUCUGAAUGACUUUAAAUGAGCAAAUAUGUUUGAAUGUUUGUGAUUUUUGCAUACAAGUCUGUCUCUUUAUUUGUCCGCGUGCGUCUGCGUGCGUGUGUGUGUGUGUAUUGCUAUGACACAUGAAUCAUGGCAGUUGUGAAUCCAUAUUGACCAGUUUGGAAACAUAGAUGUCCAAGCUUACUGUGGUAUAAUUUUAAACAACGAUAACAAUAAAAGACAAAAAACUGAAAAAAAAAAACCUGGGGUUGGGCUACAUAUUCCCUCUAAAAAUACUGAUGGUCACAAGAUUGCCUUCUUAUAUCAAACAAAAAAAGGAGAGUACUUAAUUUGACACUGGGUUUUAUUUAUUCCUGUGGUAUUAAGGGAUUAUAAUGCAGCUGUUGUCAAGGUACCAAUUUUAAUUAUUUUACUUAAUUGUAACCUCCUGUCCAAAGCGAUGGGGAAAGUGAUUAUUUCUCACCUGUUUUAUGAUUAUUGUCCAUGAAUUUUGACGGUCAAGAUAACGUUUACUAAAUUUUUGUGUGCUGAUAAGACAGUAUUUGAGCAAAAAUAUGUUUCUUUUUUUUCCUGGAGUUUAGAGUUUAUCUCAUUUGCAUACACUGCCUUUUUAAUAUCCUAAGACUGUUAAGGCUACUUAGAUUUCUUCCACUGCAAAACAUGAAAAAAUGGAAGAGUCUUCUGCUGAUGGUUGUGUGUGUGUGUUUUUUUUAGCCUUUUCACAGUUAAGGCAGGCUGGAAUAUGGGACUAAACUCUCUCCUUCAUAAUUGCUGCUCCUCAACCUGCACCCGACUGUUAUGGGAUAUAGAGUUAGAGGAAAAAAAAAAGGAUUUGUCACUUCAACAAUUGUUGUUAUUGAGUAGCCUGUUUGGUUUUAAUCUCAUAAUUGAAUUACAGUUUCGCAGGGAGGCGGUCAGCUGGUUGCUGAUUGGAUCGGUGUUGUGAAAGAUGGCGCAAAUUAAUUUUGAGUCGGACUAAAAAGCAAAAUAAUUGCCGCCCUGAACCUAGAACGCCUGUAUAACCUGUUCAUUACAAUUGCGGAGCUAUUUCAGCAGGUGGGAGCUGAGUGCAUUACUCUUCGUGCGUUCUCUCUCUCUCUUUCUCUCGCUCGUCGAAGGCUCAAAUGGCAUGCAACGUUUUGAAAGGAAAUACAGUCUGAAAGCAAAACAAGUAGCUCCCAUCAAUCGAUAGCACGCUGUUUCAUGAUAUACCACAAGCUGCAGAUGGACUGUGUGGAAAAACAGCAUACAUUCCCAAUUUUCUCAAACACCAAGACACAGCAUGUGUAGAGUAGAUGUGGAAGCUUGUGUGUUCAUGUCGUCUCAUUCAUGCAUUGCCCUACUUAAGGUUUAUUACAGAUAUUUUUAAUUCUUUUACAUUGAUUUUAUAUCCAAAAUAGGUCUCACACACACACGUGUGUGUAUGUACACACACACACACACACACAAACACAUGCACACGUGCAACUGCCUGCAACUGCAUCCUGAAGGAUUUGCUUCUUUAAAAGCAAGCAAACACUUUCGGUAGUUGUACGAUAAAGCGAGUAACUAACUGCAUUCAGGGACGUCUUCAAAAGACCUCCUGUCAGUUCAGAAAAAAGUGCUAUUUUGCACAUUUUCUUAAAAUGCCUGUGCUAAAUAUUUAAUCGUUUUCCUUAAAUGAACUUUCUUUUAUUCAAUUUCAAAGGAAAAAAAAAUCUUUUUUUUUAUCUUGAUAAGUGGACUGCAUUAUUUUCUUGCAUAUAUGUUGCACUGCUUAAACCAAUAAGUGCACUACUGUUAACAGAGAUAUAGUUUUAGAAAAGAGAUUUUUUUUUCUUGUUUCUUUUUUUUUUAAGACUUCACAUGAAUAGCGGUGUUUCAGCUUAUUUUUUCGUUUAGUAAACUUCUCAAUUCUCGGCUUUUGUUAUGGCUUGCUGUUACCUUCAGUAUAUUCUCGUGCCGUGUUAAUGCAAGCAUUUAUUUUAUUUUAUUUAACCAUUGUGUGUGCUCAUCUAUGUUUAAACCUUUGAAAUAUUCUAUCGGGUCAGUUCCCUAUAAGAGUUUAUUUGAUUUCUUUUUUUUUUUUUUUUUAGAAACAGUGCAGAAAUUUCCUAUGAGAACAUCCAAGCCAAACAUCAUUAACAGCGAAACAACAGCAGUAAUAAUAAAGAACCUCCCGUCCAAGUCUUUUGGCGGAAGUAAUGCUAUAUUAUUAAUAAUAGAUUUAUAAUAUGUGUGUAUGUGUGUAAAUGACGUGUGUGUGUCCUGGAAAAAAAAACCUUUCUGUUGUGAUGGAGUGCAGCUUCUUUGAUAUCAGUCCGUCACUAGUGCACAGUCGUGUCUCUUUACUUCGGUGUUUGUGUGUCAGUGAGCGUCUGUGUGCGGUAAAUAGCCUAAUCAAAUUGUUGAUAAGUGGAAUAUCUCAACUGUAGGGCUUCCUUUGCAAUAUGCAGCGCAGGUACUAUAAGAAAACAGUUCUCCAAACCUUUCGGGCUGAUAAGGCACCUGUAACAAUUCCUUAGCUUAGGCCAGCUGGCACGCAUCCUGCUCCAGCUUCUUUAGCUUGAUGAAAGAAAAAAACACUUGUGAGAAAAGAUCUUUGAAAGUGUGCGGUUGGUCCUCAGUAAAGUUAGCAUGUUAUUGAACAUUUGAUUGGGCCUGUCUCUAUGGUGUGCAUAAAAAAGCCUCUGAAGUGUAUGGUUCCUAUUCGUAGCUGUCGUUGCCUAGUCGGCAGUAUUGCUGCAUGCUAGUGCUACAUUUGUCUCUACACAGCACGUGGAGGGUUAAAUCUCAUGCCUUAACAGACAAUGCACUAAAUAGAAAUAUGUAAGCAACUGCCGAGAUCUCUUUCCAACAGUAUCGCCACUCGUAUGGCACAACGCAGCUCGUGAUGUUCGUCGUCUGUUCAACUUCCAAACACUGCCAAACUAACAUCAUCACUUUUUCCAGCGAAAAGAAAAAAGUAACAAAAAAAAAAAAAGAAAGAAAGGCAGAGACAGAGUGUCAAACUGUUUCGGUGUAGUGGGUGUGUUUCGGUGAUCUAACAUUCCUUCAUGGCACCUAAAUUUUUACGUACGUGUUUUUAUGUGAACACCUAUAUUAAAUGCACUAUUGACUGUAGCUAGAUGAGUACAACCAGCCUUGUGGUAUCAUUGGUCUAAAUAGUAGUAGCUUGGUGUUGGUUUUUGAAAUGUUUGGUUUCACAAUUACACUAUGAGUUCUUUCUUGAUCACUUAUAUUUAAUUAUUUUUCUGUUUUUUUUGGUUUUGGAAUAACAAAAGUAGCCAAUCUUCAUGUGACCUGGGUGAGGGCUAGAACUUGUCCAUUGGUGGUUGAUUUCUUGUAUCAUAAGGUGUUUGAUAGGAGUCUAGGUUUGGAAAGGAAGGAACCUUUUUGCUCCAGUGUGUCAUAAUGUGCUAUAGCAUACGGCCCAUUUCCCCUUCCCCUUGUUGCAUUAGCAUCACGUGUCCUUCACUGUCCAUAGUUAUAUAUUCCUUAGAUUACUUCGGCUAAUUGUGGUGGUGCUUAAUUCUUCUCUCGGUUGCAAAAAAAGUAAAAUUUUAGUGCCUUGCGAAAGUUCUCGUGCCCUUUGAACCUUUUCAUAUUUCCUCACAUUACUACCACAAACUGAAACAAAAUCUUCUGGGAUUUUAUGAUAGACCAACAGAUGGUAGUGCGUGACUGGAUAGUGAAGAAAUAAAUUAUACAUAGUUUUCAAAUGCUUUCAUAAAUAUGUGGUGUAUGUGUUAGGAGUUGGUAUUUAUUGCAUCUUUAAUCAUUUUAGAGACAUUUUUUUAACCAUCAUUUUGUCUUGAUAAUGGAAAACUUAUUAAUUUCAAAUUCCAAAAACUAAUGAUUUGUUACCUUUUUAUCACUGUUGGAUCCUUGAGAGCGUCAGUAAAAAUCUAUUUAUUUGGAAGUAUGAAUAAAAGUAAUGAUUGAUACAACUGCCUUAGUUAAUGCCGUAGUGUAAGAAAGUUGUCUGAUAAUGGGUAAGUGUUAUUUUUAAGAGAUUUGUAGCAGUUUUCCUAGGAAGUACAAACAGUAAUGGUCGUACAAUAUGUUGCCAAAAAAUAAAGGUAAAACUGAAAAUCAAUAUUGCUGUUAUUUUUGUCAUUGUUGCAAAAAUAAAAGAGUUUCUGUCCAUAUUGUUUAUGCUUAGUGUGCAGUUACAUCCGGCUCCCUUAAGUCAAUGUU